CGGAGACGGGAGCUCCGGGCCCUGCGGACAGCAGCUGGAGGAAGCAGAAGUUUGGCUCCCAACUUCACUCGAGCCCUGCUGGGCCACGACGACGAGGCCCGAUAAGCUGGCAGUUUAUCCCGCAGAGUCCCUCCGGAGGACGCCGUCUUUAUUUUGAAAACAUUCCCUGCGUCAUUUCCGGCUGCUGCAGGUUUCUCACAACAUUGCCGUUUGGGAACUAGCGCUACAUCCACUGUGGGAACGUUUACCGGGACAGAGAAGAGACGAACAUGUCAGACACGGAGACAAAACCUUCCAGUCAAGAUGGGGGCGACAAGAAGGAUGGAGAGUACAUCAAACUAAAAGUCAUCGGCCAGGACAGCAGCGAAAUCCACUUCAAGGUCAAAAUGACGACGCAUCUAAAGAAGCUGAAAGAGUCUUACAGCCAGAGACAGGGCGUCCCAGCGAGCACGUUACGGUUUCUGUUCGAGGGCCAGAGAAUCGCAGAUAACCAGACUCCCAAAGAGGUAACCAGUCUCUGUGGAAUAACCUGGAAUAACCUGGAAUUACCUGGUCCAGCUGGGGAUGGAAGACGAAGACGUCAUCGAGGUUUAUCAAGAACAGACCGGCGGACUUUGGACCGAUUAAAUUUCCACUUUUCUCCUUUUUGCUGAUUUUCUAUUUUAUUUUGUAUGGAUGUAAUUUUGGUUCCGUUUCAAACCAUCUGGAUCCAAUCGUGCUUCCAGCGCUGGACGUUAGAUUUGACAGCUGAUGGUUUCAGGUUGUGGUUUUAAUCCGUGUUUGUUAAACGAUGAAAAUGUUUUUCUGGCCCUGAAGCAGUCCAAUGUUUCUGCUUCUGCUUCUAGUUUUUCCAGAAAUUACCUAGAAAUAUUCAAACUGAAUGGAAAUAGAUAAAAAAAAACAAAUUUAGAUUUUAUCAUUUUUUCCUGAUUAGGAUUUUAUUGAAGUAAGAAUCAGCUGAUCUGUUUUCAGGGAGGACAGAAGCUGAAGCAGCUGCAGUUUGCUCAGUGGCCACGAGGGGGAGCUAGUGGUUUUCAAGCGAUCAGCAGAAAUUGGCCCAUCUCUGAAAGAGAGAUCUCACUCUGACUGGUAUCUGCGGGUCUAGUUUUCAGUGAAAUUACUGAUUUAAACUUGGAUCAUGUUUUCAUCUUUAGCGCUAGCGCGCCGGAAUGCUACGUCUCCUCAAUUCCAGUUUCUGGAAUCAGAUUUUCUAUGUAAUCUCGUCGUUUUAAACUCUGAUGAUGGAAAUGCUUCCUGUGAGUGAGGAUGAAGAGGAUGAAGAGGCUGGGAGACCCUCUCUCUCCACUGCCACUCGCUUCUCCCAGGUGGGGUUGGUAACGGCUCCGCCCCCUCCAGGCUCAUCCUCAUCAUCCUCCUCUUCAUCAACUGUGAUGCAGAUGGUUUGAAAUUCUGGAAGUGAGCUGUUUCUCUCUUUUUCAAUAAAAUAUUUAAGAAAAAACAA